AUGGCACCUGCUGCACCACCUUUACCGACGAGGUUCCCAUGUUGGUGUAGAGCUGUGUACUCAUGGGGAGGAGAGUCGAAACGAGAUCUGGGAUUCAUCGAGGGAGAUCUGAUUGAAUGUUUGAAUGCUGGUGAUGGUUCGUGGUGGGUAGGCAGACUAUACCGAGAUCGAAGGACCGUGGGAUCUUUCCCUUCCAACUUUGUCGAGCUUCUCCCUUCUCAAUUCCGCCCAACAACCAAAUCUGUUCCGGCUCCUGUACCAAACGCACCACCAAGUACUGCACCAACAAAAUCCAGAACGUUUCGGAAGCCAUUCGAAGCAUACGCCAAAGCUCCUCACUACACCAGUGCGAAACAACCCGAAAUCUUCAAAGAAUCCCCGAAACCCAAGGAACGACAAAACUCUGGCGCUUCGUUCGCCCCUAGUACUCAUGAAACGGAACGAGGCCCAUCGCCUGCACCUGCUCAGUCGUAUAACCACAGAGGACCCUCGCCCGCACCACCUCAAGCGUACGAUCAUCGGGCUCCUUCGCCAGCACCCUCACCGGCACCUUCUCACCACUAUGGCUCACGGGCUCCAUCUCCAGCUCCUAUGCACAAUUACCACUCGAGGGCUCCUUCACCUGCGCCAAUGCAAAGCUACCACCAUUCAAGAGCUCCAUCACCAGCUCCUCCUCAUGGUUACGAUGCAAGGGGACCUUCUCCUGCUCCUCCGAUGCACCAGAGCUAUGGCUAUGCUUCAAGAGGUCCAUCUCCCGCGCCAUCUUUCCAUCGUCAAAUAGUCCCUUAUCGAGGAGGACAGGAUAGAGGUAACUCACCGCCUCCCCCACCACCACCUCCUCACCGGCAGAUGACGAGAGGAGGAUCCAACGAUCUGCAUAGGAGAUCUAUUGAUAUCUCACGCCAUGGAUCCAAUGCCUCUUUCCAACCCUUCUCACCCUCGAGGCAAAAUUCAAACAAUUCCUACCGACCGCCACAGCCACCACAACCAACAAUCAGGCAUGGAUCUAGAGGGUCUUUCGAUGAUAGAUCGUAUACGCCGUACACCCCUGGCAGGAACUCCCCCGUCCCGCCAUCCCCCGCCGGAGGUAUGACCCCUUCCCCAUUGAGAGAGGCCAUGGAUGGGGUCAUGGAGCAAUUGGACGUACUAGGUGGUGGUCUUGGAAGGUCUGGCCAAGCUCCUUCACCUGAGCCACCUGCCGAUCCUUGGUCUCCAGAAUCAUUUGAUAUGCUGUCUCAUCGUUCAACUAGAAGGGACCAGGAGCGAAGCAGGCCUAAAACCUCGAUGGGAAUCGCGCAAGAUGAGGGGUAUGAAACAUAUAGCGGCGAAUCGUCUCAAGAGGUGUCUUAUCAGAGUGGAGGAAGAGAAGACAAGCUCAGCAGUUAUGUUGAUCGCAUGGAAAAGAGGUUCCAGCAAAUGCAUCGUCAGAACUCAAGGACUAGCGAGCCUGAUGAUGACCAGCCACCUCCUCCGCCCCCUAAAAAUAUGCCGUAUGAGCGGCCGAAAUCGUCUAUGGGCCGGUCCAUUGAGCCUGAACGAAAGUUACGGGCUCGCAAGUCGGCAUAUGAGAUCGGAAGAGGAGUUGCCCGCACAUUGACAACGAAAACCAACUCGACCAAUUCGUCAUCAGGCAAUCAGAGCAACACCAGCUCAUCAACCCAGAGCACUUCAAGGACCCUGUGGAGCGGGACAUCAGCUGGCGCUUUCAGUACUACUAGUGCGGGAAGCCUCGCACGCUCAGGCAAGCGUCAACGUGCACAAAGUGCCCUGGGAGCACGAGACUUGGAGAUUGAUAGACCGGACUCUCCUUUCACAGGAGUCACCUAUCACAGCAGCCAUGCAAGUGAUUCUCCAGCGCAACAGCGUCCCCAGACCCAGGUCGGCUUCCACGAUGAUCCUUCGUUGGAAUUGGGAGGCUUAGUGCAACCAAAACCACCCAAGAGGAACAUCUUCCGUAAGAUAUUUGACACCGCCAAAACAGGUGUCGCGAGCAGCCGAGGCGGUCUUGUUGCUGGUGGUCUCGGUAUGGACUCGACAAAAUCACCUUUUGCUCGUUCAAUGCCAGCUGGAGCUUCGCCUAUGCCAGGUAUGGGUAGCACGUCUACCAACAGAGACGUUGCAACAGAAAUGGGUUUGAGUGGUGGUGUUGAUUGGGUUCAGGUCCGACGUGAUGUGAAUCGUUCCAAUUCGCUCAGUACAAUAGAGUUGACUGAGCGCCGCGAACGAUGUCAAAUGAUGGACCACCCUGCCCUUAAUCCUGUCGAUGAACUAUAUGAGGGCGUCGAAGGAGAUGAGGGAGCUGACGGAGAGCCAGUCCAGGAACCCACCGACUACCAAGCGAUUAACUUGUCUCAAGUUGAUAAGAAUUCUCGGUUCAUCAGCGGCCUUCCUCCUGCCAUAACAGCCAUCCAACUUGCCACUACAUACGUAUGUCGACCCUACAGGAGCGAGGUCCAGCGGCUGCGAGCUAUUUUUAUGUGGGUUUCCGAGAAGAUCUGCUGGGAAGAGGACUUUGAGGGUGAAAUCGACACAACACGGGUGAUCCAGGCGAAAAGAGCGUGCGCUGAGGAGUAUGCUGUCUUAGUGAUGGAGAUGUGUUCUGCUAUCGGUAUCCACUGCGAGAUCGUUCGAGGCUACCUCAAGUCUCCAGGGGAAGUUUCUGAAAUCAACAUCAUGCCACGACCCAACCAUUGGUGGAAUGCCGUUGUCGUUGACAAUGAGUGGCGCAUGAUUGACUGCUGUCUUGCCAGCCCCUCGUAUCCUCGGCGAGGUUUAUACUCCAAUGCCAAUAACACAGCCGAUCCGUGGUGGUUCUUGACCAGGCCACUGGAGAUUUGCUGGACACAUAUCCCAGAGCAUCACAGCCAACAGCACAUCGUACCACCUGUCGCACACGAAACACUGCUAAAUCUGCCAUGCGCUUGUGCGCCCUUCUUCCGCAAUGGUUUCGAGAUGGUGGACUACAAUACUGCAUUGACUCGAAUCGAAGAUCUGGAAAUGGUUCAUAUCAAAUUCAGUGUUCCAUGCGACGUGGAGAUUGCCGCCGAGGUCGAAGUUCGAGGCUAUUCGAGAGAUUCAGACGGAGAUGUGUUUGAAAGCGGCGAUAUCGUCAAGAAGAGGGCACUGGCUCAGGCCGAAUGGUUCAAUGGCAUAAAGCGAUACACUGUCAAAGCUCUACUGCCUGGAGAUGAAGGGCAAGGUACUUUGAAGAUUUAUGCGGGCAAGCGAGGCCUUAUGCACAGCAUCAAGGAUAUUCCACACCCGCUUGCUUUUGCAUUGCCUAUUGUUCACACUGGUGAAAACCCGCCCUAUGAUUUUGUCACAAGACAUCCAACUCCUCACGCACAGCGGCAUGAUAUCUAUGUGGUUCAGCCGCAGUGCCAAAGGCUUGCACUUAACAAUACCUUUGUUUUUGCCAUCAGACAACACCCAAGUUCGCUGGGUGGAUCGGCACUUACACCGUCGUCUAAUCCAGGCGGCACCAGCCCCAUACCGUUCGCCCGCCCCAGUUCAGCGCUGAGCAUGAAUGCGUCCAGUGUUAGCGGCUCGACCCCAAGCUCAGCUACGGGCACUGUGGCUGGGAAGAAGCCUGCCAAGUUGGCGAUCCAGACUCCAGGAGGCAAGAUCCUCCGUCUUAUGAGGAAGGAGGAUCGUAAGGGUAUUCACGUUGGAGGCCGAAGUCUCACGGGCAGUGAAACUGCUAGUGAUGGUGGAACCUGGGAGACAAUAAUCAAGUGUUCAGAGAAGGGUGUAUGGCGAGGCCUUGUACUCGCAGAUCGCACGGCUCGAUGGUGUGUCUUUGCUGAAUGGCAUUGGGCAGACUUCGUUGGAGUUUCCUCUCAUAUUUGGUUGUUUCGUCUUCUAAUACCCAAGGAGGAGGAUCUUGCAUGCCCUGGCGCACAGCGAUCGAAUGCUGAAAUCGAUACCGAGAAAGCGGAACACAGUGAUUUAGGAGAGGCCAUGAACUACAGGCCUUUUCAUGGCCAGGGCCAGGGCCAGAGCCAACAAGGCUCACAGCAACCGCUGCCAGUGCCCGGCAUGAAUCCGCCUUCAUCUUAUAUGCCUGGCGGUUACCAGCAGUAUACGAACCCUCAACAGCAGCAUCAGCAGCAGUUCUAUUCAAUGCCCCAACAGCAAGGUCAGCAGCAGCAGCAGCAGCAAACGUACCUUCAGCAGCAGCAGAUGGCACAGUUCGGGGGCAUGCAAACGGCUUUUCAGGGAUACGAUACAGCGGGACAAGCGUAUGGAGGACACCAGAUGCAACCAGCUGCCGCGCAAUAUACACCUCCAGCGAACGUUUGGCAGCAGCAGCAAUCUACGGGGGGGCAGAAUAUGAUGUACCAGCAACAAUAUCAGCAACCACAUCAUCAUCAACAGCAACAGCAACAAAUGUACCAGCAGCACGUCGCGUCGCCUCAACAACACGUUCAACCGAGAAGGCAGUCUGACCACGUCCCUUCACCGCAGCAAAGACCUUCUUCGAUACCCCAAAAUCAAGGAUAUUCACUCCCCCAGGCGCAGCAACAACGGUCUCAACACCAACAGUAUUCGCAGCAGCAUACGUCACAGCAACAAUACCAGCAACAGCACACACACUAUCAGCAGCAGCCUCAGGUGACGGCCCCUCAGCCAUCACCGCAACCUGCACCAAAGCAAAUAGCCUCGCCGGCUCAGCCACAGGCUCGACAAAUAAAACAGAACCAGCAGCCACGCCAGGACCCUUCCAAACAGCAGCAAGAGACAAUUGGACAACCUGCGCAGGAACCUAUCAUAAUAGAUGUAGAUGAGCCCGCAUCGGAGAUGGUUGCACAGCCUGUCCCGGAACCAACUCAGCAACAGCCAGUUGCACAGCAAGAACCGGAACAGAUGGUCUAUGUGAAUCUACAAGACAUCCAAAAACUGCCACCGCUUCCGCCAGUAACCAUGGACCAGACACAAGGCGGUUCUACAUCCCAUACAGGGAAGACAGCGAACUGGGACGCGCAGUACGAAUCAGGCACUGUCAAGCCUAUGGACAUUAUGCUGAGCAGCCCGCAAACUCAGCCCCUUCCGCCUCCUCAGCCAAAAGUGCAGGCAUCUCAUCACCAACCCGCGCACACACAACCUCAAAUGGCCACUCCCCGGGCAAAACCGAGCCCUCUCUCAUCCGUAGUCAACUCACCAGCGAUUAAUGCUCGCUCUCCAAGUAUUACCAAGAAAUCUCCCGCAAGCACGCCAAAAAGCAGGCCCCUUGACACUGUCCAUCUUAUGGUGGCAGUGGCCGAAGAGUGCUUUGAUAAGGCCCGUGGCUCUGUACAUGAUGUUGCGAUGUCGCUGAAUGCCACGCGGAUAGACGAGUACCAGAAACUGAUCUCGACAGGCUUGGCGUGUCUGGAGGCGUGUUUGCAAAGUAAUAGACUGUCUCCGCGCCAAGAAGCACAGAUGCGGUUGAGAUACGCCACGGUAGUAUUAGAAGAGACAGAAAACCCAAUGGAAGCUGAGACGGCCGUCACAAAAGGCAUCUCUCUCUGCGAAAAGAACGGCUUGGCCGAUCUCAAAUAUUGCAUGGAUUAUAUCAGGUUGAAACUCCUAUUUCAGCGAAAUCACAAGGCUGCUUUGAAUGCAGCUGAUCGUCAAAUCGCUGACUGUGAAACCUACAAACACAUCCAAUGGGUUUAUGCUUUCAGACUGUUGAAGGCAUCAUUUUACAUGGAGCUUGGCCAGACAGCUGACGCCAGUGCACUGGAGAACAUUCGCUCUAUCCAAGUUACAGCUAGCUCCCGUGGCGACGAUGCCCUGAGUGUGUUUGCCUUCAUUCUUGAAGGUCUGGCACUUCUCAAAGCUUCCAAAGAUGGCAACUUUGAAAAAGUCCAAGCUUGUAUUGCUCAAGUAGCGAAGUAUCAGUGUGAACCGUCGAUUCAUAUCAUGCAACUCGAUAUACUGACGCUACUCCUGGAUCUUGUCUGCACUAUCAAUCACUCUGGCAUGGAUUUGAUGCAUGAUAAGCUUAAAAUACUUCAAGAUCGCAUGGAUGCGUGCACCGAUUGGCAUAACGUCAAGUCCGACUUUCUCAUUCCGGUCCAGAAGCAACCUUCUACUGGUCAUACUAUUAGUAGUGACACAGCGGGCAUCAUUAGAAGCGGUGAGGGUGUUCAACAGGAUUUUCUAGUCAUGUCAUUCAUGACCAAAGUCGAGUUGAAUUCCCUUGUUCUCACUUUGACAGGCCUCGUGAAUAUGCAUAAACCUAACACACAUGGCCUACAAGGUCGACAAAUUCGACAGACAGUCGAUUUCUUGAAAGAAGGCGCGCAAGUCCUGGAUACUUGGGACAAAGUGACAGCCGGUUUUAGAUAUGGGCCGUCCAUCUCGUUACAAGACGCCAUUGCGCAGCGUGAGUGGCGGCUGGAAGCUCACUGCUAUCUUACCAUCUUACUUGGCCUAUACGCAGCUAGUCAAUGUCGAUGGGACCUGGUAAAGCAAUACAUCGUGAAGCUUCAGGAUAUUAUGACACCGUCCACACAGGGCAUCCUGCGUUUACUGGCUAUCUACCUAUCGGGAGUGUUUGACCAAGGCACAGGGGAAUUGGAUGCUGCUAUGAACACUUUCCAAAAGCCUGACUUUGAUCUAAACCAGCGGGGAACUGGUGUCAAAGCCGCACAUCGCGAGUUAGCCAUGCUAGCAGGUUUGAACAGGCUUUGGAUCAUGCAGCAUCCAUCACACCGAGACGAUCGAGCGACACUUGAUCUGAUCGAAGAACUAAGGCCGUUGUGCCUGAGUCACCACAAUGUCGACCUACGGACUGCUUGGCAUAACGUUAUGGCUGCUAUUAGCACCGAUCCACCUCAGCAGCUCAAUCAACAAAAGCAGCACAUACAAUCUGCCAUGGCCGGAUCCAAAUCCACUAAAAAUUUACUAGGCGCAGCCGUCACACUCGCUAUCAUGCGCAGCCGCUUAUUCGAGAACGUCGUUGGCGAUCAAGCUCUGAAAAGCGCACUAGCAGCAUCCAAGCAGGCCCAUCGUAGUGGCAAUGUCUUGUGGCAGAGCGUUGCGGACGGUAUGCUUGCUCACUCUUAUGAAGUACAAGGCAAGGAAGAGGAAGCAGCGCAAGAAUGGGCGAGGGCGACAAGGGAAGCCCAGGAUGCAUUUGCAGGAAGUUUCUGA